CUCACCUGCUGUUUCCAGUUGCUGUAGUCGGUCACUGAAGAUUUAAAGGAAACUAAAUUUCCUCGAACCGUGUCGGAAUGAUGAACAGGUGUGGUCUUAUAUCUGAGGGAAAGGUGCCAGUGCCUCUGAAGAGCAUCACAGUGGAUGUGCGGGUUCAGGGGCAUGUUGCCACAGUCACGUCCACUCUGCAGUAUGUGAAUGAGGAAGAGCGCCACCUGGAGGCCUUGUUCGUCUUUCCUCUGCCAGCUGAUGCUGCUGUCUGCCACUUCAGUGCCAAGAUCGGCGAGCAGGAGAUUGUGGCAGAGGUGCAAGAGAGACAGAGCGCGAGGGAUCAGUAUGAUGAUGCUGUGAGUUCGGGUCAGCAGGUGUUUCUGUUGGAAGAGAGCGCAGAGAGUUCUGAUGUGUUCAGAUUGAGUGUUGGGUGUCUGUCACCACGUCAGAACGCUGCCAUCACCAUCAUCUACGUCACCGAGCUCGCUGUUCAGGCCGAUGACGCCCUGCGGUUCUGUCUGCCUGCUGUACUCAACCCCCGAUACACACCAGCAGGUUCAGGGUGUGGAAUAGUUUCAGAGAUUUCAUCAGGAUGUGGAUCUGUUCCCUACACUCUGACUCUCAGUGUUCAUGUGAGCUCUCCAAACCCCAUCUCCAAAAUAGAGUCCAACUGCACUCUGGAUCCUCUAGUGUUCCUCAACUCUGAUCACACUCACGCAACGGUGAAUCUGAGUGAUGGUCACAUGUUUGAUAAGGACGUUGAGCUGUUUCUGUACUAUCAGAAUACCCAUCAGCCCACCGCUAUAGUGGAGGCAGGAGUGGCCACUACCCAGCCAGGUUUUCUGAUGAGGGAUCCAGCGGUCAUGAUCAGUUUGUACCCAGAGUUCCCUGAGGAAGUGAUGUCAUCAGUGGCAUCACAAGGCGAGUUUGUUUUCGUGAUUGACAGAUCAGGGAGUAUGCGCGACAUUAUGCAUCAUGGGGAAAGAGCACAGAGGCGCAUAGAGCGCGCAAAGGACACUCUUCUCUUAUUGAUGAAGAGUCUGCCAAUGGGAUGCUACUUCAAUAUCUAUGGAUUUGGCUCUCGCUUCGAAUCCUUCUUUCAUAAAAGUGUUGUGUACAAUCAGAAGACAAUGGAUGAGGCUCUGAAGAGAGUAAAGGAAAUGCAAGCAGAUAUGGGCGGCACUGAGAUUUUAGAGCCUCUAAAACACAUCUACAGUCAGUGCUGUUACCCUGAUCACCCCAGACAGCUGUUUAUCUUCACGGAUGGAGAGGUUGGUAACACUAAAGAGGUGCUGGACCUGGUAAAAAGUAAUGUUCACUCUCACAGGUGUUUCUCAUUCGGGAUUGGUGAGGGUGCAAGUACCGCCCUCAUCACAGGAAUGGCCAGAGAGGGAUCUGGUCACGCCCAGUUCAUCACUGGCUCUGACCGCAUGCAGACUAAAGUGAUGCAGUCUCUCAAAUUUGCGCUGCAGCCAGCAGUGGUUAAUAUCUCUGUGAAUUGGACUGUGCCAGAUGGCAUUACUGUUGACACACUGUCCCCUCCCAUCAAUGUGCUCUUUCAGGGUCAAAGGGCACUAAUAUAUACCCUGCUUAAAGGAGAGAGUUCAGGAAGCUCUGAGGGAACAGUGACUGUGACAUACAGCCUGAAAGAUCAACCAGUGACAAACCAGCUCCACUUCUGCCUUAAACCAACUGAAGAUACUGGGUUGGCCAUCCACCGUCUGGCGGCUCGGUCCCUCAUUCGCUCCCUGGAGCAGCAGGAGAGGGCAGGUGUUGCAGGAAUGGAGGGUAUCAAGAGCAGGAUGGUGGAGCUCAGUGUUCAGGCAGGAGUGAGUUGUAUUCAUACAGCCUUCAUUGCCAUUAACAAAGACAGCAAACAGACUGUGAAAGGACCCCUGCUGCAGAGGAGAGUACCAACAGGAGGAUCCCUGCAGCUGAUGGGCACGCUAACAGGAGCAUCCCUGCGGCUGAGGAGCAUUCAGACAGGAGGAUUUGAAUAUGCACAAUUAGAUAACAUGAAAUCAACAUGCAGGAGAAAUCCAAAAAAUGUCCAAGUUGAAAGAAUUCAAAGUUGUAUAAAGAUUGACCCCUGUGAAAUUGGAACAUUUGCAGCGGACUGUGGAGGAAUGGAUUAUUUUACGGGGUCAAAGCAGUACCAAACGGGGUGUCCUGAACAAAAACAGAAGAGAACAUUAAAGGAAAAGUGCUUGAGAUUAUUUCACCGUAAGUCUUCAUCUGUGCUGUCUGUUCAGGCAAACUCUCAAAGCAAACAAGAGGCCGUUGUUGAGCUCCAGAAGGACUCUUUGCUCCAGCUGGUUUCUCUCCAGAAGGCAUCCGGUUGCUGGGAUCUGAACUCCACACUGGCUCAUGUGUUUGGAAAGACGGAGGAUGAGCUGACCAAUCAGAAGCCAGCACAGGUGGAUGUGUUAGUUUGGGCCACUCUUCUGGCUCUCAUCUGGCUGUACGGAUAUAAAAUGGAUCAUCAGGUUGAGUGGCAGUUUGUGGCCAUGAAGGCGGCAUCAUGGAUCCGCUCUCAGAAAGUGGACAGUGUGUCUCAGUGUGUGUGUGUUGGUAAUGCCCUGCUGGGAUGUCAGGUGACAGAAGAGACGCUGGGAAUCUGAAGACUUGGGACACAAAUGCUGCUUUUUUUUUCACUCAGAAAUGAUGUGCAUUAGCUCAGUCGGUGAGACUAAACAGAAAUACAAAACCUGUCCUGAUUGAAAGUAAACAAGCUGACAAACACAUCAAAUACAUUUUUUGGUGAUAAUAUAGCAUAAUGAGAGAUUUAUAAGCAAUUUUUAAUAGGCCGGCCAUUUUUGACCGGGAACACCAAAAGUGUAACAAAGUGGAAAAAACACACACAAAAAAUACAAUUUUGAUACCCAGUGUGAACAAAGUCUAAAAGUUUACAUAAACUAGAAUUUUCAGGCAAAAGAAAAUCCUCUUCGGGUCAAAAUGACCGGAAGACAACAAUGAAAAU